AUGCUUGGCUGGAGCAUCACCUCUCGGAUGCAACACAAGAAUUCGACGGACAGUUGGCUGCGUCGGAGCUGGCUUGCGCGAAAGCUACUUUUCCAUUGGACAGUGAGAAACCGAGAAACUAUUCGGCAAAGAUGUCAAGCUGGUAUGCGAAGCUGGUAUGGACAAACGGCUCCAAAUACUUCCUAUUCCACUGACGAUCAAAUCCAAGUGACGAUCAAAUCACUGACGAUUACCAAUAGCUACAGGUGA